CAUUUUGUGUGGUGCAUGCAGAUAAGUUUAGGAACAUGCCUUUACUUGAAGCCAUUCAGAAUGGACAUGAGCAAGUAGCUUCUUUACUUGCCAAAGCUGGAGCAACCAUUGUUGCUAAUGAUGCUGGUGGACUUCUUUGUUCUACUGUCGCAAGAAGGGGUUUGGGUUUUCUGAAAGGACUUCUGGCUAAUGGCAUUGAUCCAAAUGCUAGAAACUAUGAUCAACGGACUCCACUUCACAUAGCUGUCUCAGAAGGUUUGUAUCCUUUUGCAGAGGUACUUUUAAAUGCUGGAGCCAGUGUUUUUGCAACGGACAGAUGGGGAAAUACUCCGCUUGAUGAAGCUCGUACCAGAGGAAAUAAGAAUUUGAUCAGGCUACUUGAAGUUGCAAGAAUUUUUCAGUUAUCUGAAAACAACUCUGAUAUAUCCGAAGAGAUUCAAGGUACUAAUUGAUCAUUUGUAAGUAUAAAAUGUAUGCGUUAAAAUCACUUAAAUCUUUACUUAUCCCAAGACAAAUAUUUUGGUGAUAAUGUUUUACCUUUUUUUGUUUGGUUGUUCAUGCUCCUUUUAUUUUAUGCAUUCAAAUGCUCCUUUUAUUUUA